CGGCGUAUUCUCUCUCUCUCUCUCUCUCUCUCUCUCUUUCUGUCAACCCUUCUUUUUCUCGCAAGCCUGUCUGCUCCAAGAAUCAAGAGAGACGCCACGCCCAAUAAGGAGACGAGGAGGAGGAGGAGGAGGUGGAUUCUUCAUCUUCUCCGCGAGGCUAGGGUUUUCCACCGCCUCCGCCGACCGAUCGACCGAACGACCGGCCGACGCACCGACGCAGGCCGAAAAUGGUGAGAGCGUUGCUGAAGCGCCUGGCCUCCAACACCCUCGCGGUGGCCGGCAAGUCCCAGCACCACCAGCUCCGCCGCUUGAACAUCCACGAGUACCAGGGUGCUGAGUUAAUGGGCAAAUAUGGCAUUAAUGUCCCGAAGGGUGUCGCCGUUUCUUCUGCGGAGGAGAUCAAGAAGGCAAUUCAUGAAGUGUUUCCUAAUGAAAAUGAGUUAGUUGUCAAAAGCCAAAUACUUGCUGGUGGAAGAGGAUUGGGUACGUUCAAGAAUGGGCUUAAAGGCGGAGUGCAUAUUGUCAAGGCUGAUGAGGCUGACCAAAUAGCUGGGAAGAUGCUUGGACAGAUACUUGUAACCAAACAAACUGGGCCUCAAGGAAAAGUUGUCAGCAAGGUUUACAUAUGCAAAAAGCUUUCCCUUAUCAAUGAGAUGUAUUUUGCCAUCACUCUGGAUCGGAAAACUGCUGGUCCUAUUAUAAUCGCCUGCAGUAAGGGAGGAACCAGCAUUGAAGAUCUUGCUGAGAAAUAUCCGGACAUGAUAAUAAAGGUACCAAUUGAUGUCUUCCAAGGAAUCACCGAUGAAGAUGCUGCCAAGGUGGUCGAUGGUUUAGCCUUAAAGGCUGCAGAUAAAAAUGCAGCUAUUGACCAAGUGAAAAAAUUGUAUCAGCUUUUCUGUGCGUGCGACUGUACGUUGUUAGAGAUUAAUCCCCUUGCAGAGACUUCUGAUAGCCAAUUGGUUGCUGCUGAUGCAAAAUUGAACUUUGACGACAAUGCUGCAUACCGUCAGAAGGAGAUUUUUGCUCUCCGUGAUCCCACUCAAGAAGACCCUCGAGAGGUUGCUGCUGCAAAAGCAGAUUUGAACUAUAUUGGUCUGGAUGGAGAGAUUGGUUGCAUGGUGAAUGGUGCAGGAUUGGCAAUGGCUACUAUGGACAUUAUUAAGUUGCAUGGUGGAACUCCUGCCAACUUCUUGGAUGUUGGUGGAAAUGCUUCAGAGAGCCAGGUGGUGGAAGCAUUUAAGAUAUUGACAUCUGAUGAGAAGGUCAAGGCCAUCUUGGUCAAUAUAUUUGGAGGUAUCAUGAAGUGCGAUGUCAUUGCAAGUGGAAUUGUCAAUGCAGCCAAACAGGUUUCCUUGAAAGUACCAGUGGUGGUUCGCCUGGAAGGCACAAAUGUGGACCAGGGAAAGAGAAUACUAAAGGAGAGCGGGAUGACUUUGAUCACAGCAGAAGACCUAGACGAUGCGGCUGAGAAGGCAGUUAAAAGCCUUAGCUAGUUGAGGGAAUACAUUGUUGUUCUUGACCAUUUUUUGGACAGUUAAAAUCUGUCAUUCUCGGGUUUAUCCGAUUGGAGUAAACAGAGCUCUGCCAAUGCUUAUAUGAUAUGAUUUAUUUUUCAAUUUUCAAAGUUUGCUUUUGAAUAGACUGUGGAAUAAAGAAGAUUAGAGAAGAGUUUUGCUA